AUGUUUCGCGAAGGCCUUCCCGUUACGCGAAGGACUUUUCGUUACGUGAAGAUUUUCUCGUUACGCGAAGGGCCUUCCCUUAAGUUUAGGAAAUUGGGUUGGUUGCUCCAGUCUACUUUAACUGGUGAGUGUCUUCCCGUUACAAAAUCUACAAAAUCUGUUGGAGAUGGGAUUUACUCUGGUUCUACCUGCAAGCAAGGAGAAAUCGAAGCUUUUGUGAUUGCCACGGGUGUGCAUACCUUCUUUGGUAAAACUACUCAUCUAGUAGACAGGACAAAUCAAGUUGGCCAUUUUCAAAAGGUCUUGACUGCCAUAGGGAAUUUCUGCAUAUGUUCUAUUGCAGUGGGGAUGUUGAUCGAGAUUAUUGUGAUGUACCUUAUUCAACGUCGAUCCUACCGUACUGGAAUUGAUAAUCUGCUAGUACUGCUUAUAGGUGGAAUUCCCAUUGCAAUGCCCAUUGUUCUAUCCGUGACAAUGACAAUCGGUUCACAUCGUUUGUCUCAACAGGGGGCAAUCACAAAAAGAAUGACAACAAUAGAAGAGAUGGCAGGCAUGGAUGUUCUUUGUAGUGAUAAAACUGGAACUUUGACAUUGAACAAGUUAACAGUGGACAAAAACCUUAUUGAGAAAAAAUGUUUUAAAGCUGUUAGUCAGGUUUAUGCUGUUAUUGAUACCGUUGAGAAAAAUAGUGAAAUGAAUGAAAAUGCUUGUGCCUAUAUAUACUUGAAUUUAUCUGAUUCUGUGAUGAGAAAAAUUGGUAAUUUAGAGUGUGCAAAAACCUUGUGGGAUAAUGUCUGA